UGCUGUGUCUUCUGAGAUUUAGAAUUUUACCACGUGAGAAUAUGACAGAUCCAGAACCCUGCAGGAUGAAACGCACUGAAGAACAAACAGAGUUGAUUGAUGAAAUUGAGGAGAAUGAUGAAGAACUGGAUGAAAAGGAGGAGAAACCUUUGAGUCGCUCUCAAACCAAACAGAAAGAUUUAAAGAAAACAAGAGCCAAGAAAUCUUUCACCUGCACUCAGUGUGGCAAGGGAUUCAGUCAGUUUGGAAAUCUGAAAUCACAUGAGAGGAUCCACACUGGAGAGAAACCGUACACAUGCGAUCAGUGCGGGAAGAGUUGUACACAAUCAUCAAAACUUAAGGAGCACAUGAACAUCCACACUAGAGAGAAGCUGCAUGAAUGUGAUCAGUGCGGAAAAACAUUUUUGUGGGCUUCAAACCUGAAGGAGCACCUGAGAAUUCAUACCAAAGAGAAACCAUAUUCAUGUUCUUUGUGUGGAAAGAGUUUUUCACUGCCGCAAAGUUUAAAAGAACAUCAGAAGAUACACACUGGUGUGAGAGAUUAUAUGUGCUUUGAGUGUGGGAAGACUUUCCUUAAAGCUGAAAAUUUAAAACUGCACCAGAGGAUUCACACCGGAGAGAAACCUUACAUGUGUUCGCACUGCGACAAGAGAUUCAGUCGGUCAGGAAACCUGAAAAAACAUGAGAGGAUCCACACUGGAGAGAAACCUUAUUACUGCACUACAUGUGAGAAGUGUUUCACUCAAUUAUCUACUUUACACAAACAUACAAAAAAUAUUCACAGUAAGUAGAUCAUCUUCAGAUCAAGCACUUUCAGGUCUGACGCCGCGUUUUCACCAAACGUGAAACAAUAAUGCCAGUGGUGUAGCAAGUCCGCCCUGGGCCCAUAUGCAAAAAAAAUGUUAUUGGUUAACAUGGGCUCCAACUCUGUAAACUUAACUUAAUCUUGUCUUUUCUGAGGCAAAUAACGUUACGUGACUAUUCACAAGCUGUUUGAUUGACGGUAUAAAUGCUUGGAAAUAAUUUAACGUUUUUUUACUGUUAAUGUAACACAAUAAGUCUCAGCCUUUAAGUUCUGUUGAUUUUAUCAUGAAAUACAAACAAUAAAUUUGUUUUAACACUCUUUAAUGUAGCGUGAGAUCACUGUAUUCACCUCAGUUCAAGCGGCAUGUGAAUCAAUCAUCUUUUCCUCUUUACUACUAGU